UGCCUUUGAGGUUCUCCCGUCACGAGAUGUUUCUCGCGCAACUUCUUUCGUACCACCCGGUGUCUUUUUACCACCACGGCCAAUCAUUACAUUUUUGAUAAUGACAGACCCAGGCCCACUGAGUACGAAGAUCAACAAUACGACUAGCAAUCCUGCAUUGUCCCCAACCAGAAGCCCGGCAUUCUACUUCGACUGUGCUAUCUUUGAGGUAGAAAAUGUCCUGUACAAGAUCCCUCGUGCAAGAUUGGCCGAAGAAUCCUCACUAUUCGAGACUAUGUUCACACUUCCACCCGGCGCCGGAAAUACAUCCGAAGGAGAAGACGACGACCAUCCAAUUCACCUCCCCCAGACCGAGAGAAAAGAUUGGGAAUGUCUUUUGAAACUACUAUUCCGCAAUCCCAUCUCCGGACCACCUGAAUUCACCUUGGACGAAUGGGUCUCAAUUUUGAAAUUGGCCACGAAAUGGGACAUGAGCACUGCCAGAGCAUGUGCUAUCGAGAAGAUUGCAGAAUACGAUGGUAUUCCCGCGAAGAAGAUCAGACUGGCUCGAGACUAUCGUGUCCCUAGAUAUUUCAUUCCCUCCUUAGUGCAGUUGAUUGGGCGCUCCAAUCCUCUCACAGCGGAUGAUUACAAGGAUAUUGGGGUCGAGUGUGCGCUUAAGGUUGUGUCGCUGAGGGAACGAUACUACGAUCCAAACCGUAACGAGGGAAUGUUCCGUCAGCAGAGAGUAGCCUCUGACGUAUCUUCUCCGAUGACCCCUGCCUGGAAUGGUAUCGUCAGUGAGAUUCAUAAAACUUUCACGGACCACGACGAAUUCUAUAACUAGGACGUAUCAGCGUGCUCGGUCUUCUUCUGUGUCUUUUGACCUCGUAUGUCUCGGUGUGCUGGGAGAAUCCUUUAACAAAUCUCAUAUGGGGAUUCAGGAAUGUUGAAUGUAGUGAUCUCGUGUGCUUAGUUAGAAGUUACUUAUCAUUGAAGAUCGGGGAUUGAUAUCGAGGUCUUUGAGCAGGAGUAAAUGAUCCAAAAGGGAACAACAUUCCUUUGAACGAGAUACAUAGUCCAAUACCGUUUAUAUAUAUCAAUCCUCUUUAUUAUACCCAGCUAUUGUCCAUACCCUGUUCAGCGGAAAGUUUCGUCGUUCGUCGACACGGUGACGUAAAGGAUACGCCUCGAGGCAUUGAGGCUUUACAACGCCGUUAGAUCUACCAAU